AUGAAUUCAUCCGAUUUAAAUUUUUAUAUAAAUAAACAUAGAAAAGCUUAUGAAGAAAGACUUAAAAAGGAAUUAGAAAGUCAAGAAAAUAAAAAUAAAGAGGGACCAAAAGCCAUUAAUAAAAGUGAAGAAAAAGAGAAUUUAGUAAAAGAAGAUAAUUUAAGUCAAGUUGAAUCUGAUUAUAUAUACGCUCUCAAAUUAAAUGAAUCAUUAAAUGGAAAUAUUCUAAAUAAUAACACUCAAGAAAAAAACAAUUUUAAUAGUAUCAUAGAUACAAAAAAUAAUUACAAAGACUUAAAUGAAAAUUAUAACGAAGAAAAUGAUGAUAACGUAAGAAAACCAGAUAAUACAUAUGUUGAAUGUCUUUUAGAAGAUAAUGUUUUAAAUUCAUAUUGUGUAGAUUAUAAUUUUAGAAAUAUAAGGAAUAAAUCAAAUUCAUUUAAUGAUAAUAAUCAUUUUAAUGAACAGAAUAAUAUUGUUAUAAGUUCUGAUGAUGACAAAAGUGUAGAUAUUCUAAAAAAUCCAGAUUCUUUUAAAAAUAAAAAUUCUUGUAUAAAGAAUGAUGCAAUUUCUUAUAAAGAAGAAAAAGGUGAUGUUUUCUGUGUAAAUAAUGAAAAUUUAGUAUCUUAUAAAAAAAAAAAAAAAAUAAAUAAUCAGGAUUCUAAUAAAGAUAAUGAAAUAAAUAUAAUAAAUAAAAAUAAAGAAAAUUUUUUAAAAAAAAAUUUUCCUUUUAAUUCAAAUAAUAAUAAUGAAUUAUUAUUUUCUGAUAAAAAAAAAUUAAAAAAUGAAAAAAUUUCAAAUGGCACAAAGAAUUAUAGAAUUGAAUCAAGUCAUUCCAUUCAGUCAAUUCAUUUAGAAAAAGAGAAUUCGAUAAAUGUAGAAAAUAUGGAUAAAUAUGACACAGAAAAUUCAAAAAUUCAAAAUUAUGAUGAUUUGAUUACUUAUAAUAGUCGCAUAAAAGGCUAUGAAAGUUUAAGUAAUACACCAAUAUGGAAACCAGAAGAAGUUAGUUAUAUAUACCCAGAGGAUGUAAAUUAUCUGUAUGAUGAUGAAAAAUAUAAAUCAAUGAAAAAUAAUGUAAGAAACGAAAAAAUAAAUAUAAUAAAUUGCAAUUAUGAAAAAUCAAAAAAAAAAACCAAUAAUAAAGAUGGGGAUACAAAUAAAAAUAUAAAAAUUAAUAAUAUAAAAAAUGAGGAAAUAAAAUCAAGAUAUAAAAAUGAGAUUAGUAUAAAAAAUAACAAUAAUAAUAUGCAUAGUGAGUUUAUCAACAGUGAAAAGGAUUUAUUUCAUGAUUUUAAAGAAAAAAGUGAUAAGAGAAAUAAAAAUAUUGAAAAAACUUACAAAAUGAAAAAGUUGGAAAAUAAAAAUAGUAAAAAAUAUGAAGAAAUUCUUAGCAAUGAUUAUGAAUAUAAUUACAAGGAAUGCAAAAAUAAAAGAGCUAAUAAUAUUAUAGAAGAAAAGAAUAAUCGACAAUAUGAAGAUAAUAAUAGACAUCACUUAAAAUUAUCUAAAAAAUGCUUAUUAAAUGAAGAAAUAACAGAAAUAUGUGAUAAUAAAAAUAUUUAUUUAAAAAAUAAUUCAAAAUUUUUAUACAUGAAUAAAAAUAAUGAUAAUGAAGAAAAGAACUUAAACAAAUUCUAUUAUUAUGAUAAAUAUGAAAAUUCUGUCAACAGAAAUACACCAGAUAUUAUAAGUAAUAUAACGGAUACAAAAAAAAACAAAACAAAUAAUAUUUUAAAAAGUAAUACAAUCAAUAAUUUAAAUAAUCAUAUAAUUAAUAAUGCAUUAAUUAAUUUAGACAAUAAUUCACGUGUAAUUGUUGAUAAAGAUUAUAGGAAUAGAGUUAAUACAGAAAAUAAAAAUAAUAAUUCAUUAAAAAAAAAUAACUUAAAUAAUUUUAUUUUUAAUCAUUCAAAAGAAAAUUAUAAAAAUGCGCAAAUAAAUGAAAAUAUGAAAAACGUGCAUCCUAAUGACAGCAUUAAAAACGGUAAAAAUGAAACUACAAAAUUUUCAGUCGAUAAUAUUAAAUGCAUCAAUUUUAAUAAAAAUAAAGAAGAAGUAUUAGAAAAAAAUAGUUCUUAUAAUAAAACGCAAAAUUAUAACUUUGAAGAUAAUAAAACUUAUAAAAACAAUGAGUUUGUAAGUUUUUCGAAUAUAGAUACAUUUAAUAAUAAAAAUAUUAAUAGCAGCCAUUUUAAUGAUAAAAAGGAUAAAACAAUUGUAAAAAAUGAAUCUCCAUGUAUUAAUAAUUCAUACGAAUUUAAAAUAUCAAAAAACAUAAAAAAUAUUUCUUCAGAUAAAGGCGUACAUAUAAAUAAUUACAAUAAUACCAAUAUUAAUACUAUUUUCAUCGAUGAUAACGACAAUAAUAAUAUUUUUAUUAAUAAUAAAAACAGAAAUACAAAAUAUAAUUUAGUUCGUAAUACAAAUGAUGGUUUAUUCUCAUCUACUUAUAAUAAAGUCAAUCAUAUAACUAAUGAUAUUUGCAAUAAUAACACUUUACAAAAUAAAAAUUAUUUAGAUACGAAAAGUGAUUUCUCUUAUAAUAACAUAUACAUUAGUUCUUUAAAUAGUAAAGAUCAAAGUAGAAUGGAUAAAAAUUAUUGUAAUGAAAACCAAUCGAAUAAAUAUAAAAAUGAUAUACUAAUAAAUCGCAAGGAAUAUGAACAAGAAAAUAAUUUAAAUGACCUUAAUAAAAAUAGAUUUUAUAAUUAUAUAAAUAAUGAACUAGAUAAUGAAAAAAGCAUCCAGAAGGACUUUUUAAAUAACAACUGUUAUAAUAAUUAUAGAAACAUUAUUAGCAUACACAAUUCUGACACUAGUGAUAAUAAUAAUAUGAGUAAAAAAGAAAACGAUAAAAAAAAAUUUAUUGGUUAUAAGGAAAAUAAAGAUGUUUUAAAAAAUGAUAAUUAUGAAAUAUAUGGAAAUAAUAAGGGAGAAGAUAAUAUGAAUCAUUCAAGUAAUAAUAACAUGUUAUCAAAAAAUAAUUACAUACAUAAUGAAAAUAACAUAAGAAAAGAUAUUGAAGGAAGUAAUAACAUUGUGUAUAUUAAAGAUGAUUAUAUAUAUGAAACUAAUAUAAGUGAUCGAGAAAAUGGAAAUUUCAAAAAUGAAAAUUUUGAUAAGAAGCAUAACCAUUAUAUUAAUAUAAAUAGAACUAACACGCAUGAUUAUGUUAAAAAUAACACAAAACAUUCAUUAAAUGAUAUAAAUUUAUCCUUAUCUAGUGAAUAUUUUGUUGAUGAUGAUAAUAUUACAAGUAAAAAUUUAGUGAACAAACUAAAUGUACAUAGUAAUAAUGACAAUAUUAAAAAUAUUCCUAAAAAUGAAAAGAAUUCAUUUGAUAUAACAACAAACGAUAUAUCAAAAGAAUAUGUUAAAUAUUCUAGAAAUUAUAGUACACAUGAACAUAACUAUGAUAAUAAUAUUGAACAUAAUUUCAAUCAAAAUAUAGAUAACAAUGUGUUAUCAUCAUAUUAUAAUGAAGAAAGUACUAAUGAUGAAGAUGUAUUUAUUCAGCAAGCCAUAAUCAAUAGUUUAACUGAUUUGUAA